UCUGAUCUCCUUGCUAGGAGAGGCUGAGAAAGGCCGCUCUAGGGGAUUUACUUCCAGCAGCAGCAGCACAUGAUCCAUCAAUCGCGUGAUUCUCAGCACCAAGGACUAAUGGGGAGGGUGAAGAAAAAAGUGAAUGCUGCCUUGGGGAAGCAACAGCAUUUUCUUCUGCUUGUGGAGCCCGUCCACCAGCCGGACGCUUCAUGGCUUCUCCCAGGUUAGAAACCUACUGCUGCCCGAACCAGGAUGCAGCUACACAGCUAGUGAUGAACUUCCAACCUGAAGUCUUCUGUGGAGUUUGCAUUGGCAGUUCCUCCGUCAGUCUGCUACUGACCAUCCUGCAGCUUCUGCCAAAGAAGGGACAGAGCCCACGGAAGAUGCCCAAAGCCUCCUCCUCUUCCACCAUCCUUCUCCUUAUCUCCAUUUGUGACAUCCUUGGUAGCUUAGGUAUGAUCUUCAGAUCAAGUGUAUGGCUAGGCUUUCCAGGGUUCAUAGCUAACAUUUCUGUGGUGAACGGGACCAGCGUGUGGCCUUCUGUUUUCUGCGUGGGGAGCGCGAUGUGGAUCCAGCUGUUAUAUAGUGCUGGCUUCUGGUGGUUGUUUUGCUAUGCUGUUGAUUCUUAUCUGGUGGUAAGAAGAUCAGCAGGACUGAGUACAAUUGUGCUGUACCACAUGAUGACAUGGGGCCUUGCAGUGAUGCUCUGUGUGGAGGGAAUUACACUGCUUUACUAUCCUUCUCUCUCCAGCUGUGAAAAUGGCUUGGAGCAUGCAAUCCCACACUACAUCACAACCUACGCCCCCCUCCUGUUAGUGCUGGUGGUCAACCCAAUCCUGUUCAGGAGGACAGUAUCAGCAGUUGCUUCCUUGCUGAAAGGGAGACAAGGGAUUUAUACAGAGAAUGAAAGACGUCUGGGGACAGAGAUCCAGAUCCGCUUCUUCAAAAUUAUGCUGGUAUUCGUUAUUUGCUGGUCAUCCAAUAUCAUCAAUGAGAGCCUUUUGUUCUAUCUUGAAAUGCAGCCAGAUAUCAAUGAAAAUCCCCUGAAAAACAUCAGAAGUGCUGCACUGAUCACGUGGAUUAUUAUGGGGGUUCUUAACCCAAUGCAAGGAUUCCUCUUCACAUUAGCAUUCUAUGGCUGGACAGGAUGGAGAGUGGACCUAAAAUGGCGAAAAAGAGAAAUACCCUGGGAAUCAAUGUCUUCAUCCACUGUGGGUGAAAAUACCUAUCCCUCACCAGUGAACUACCAGAACAACAUCCAUGAUUCCAAGAAGAUAGCAGCAACUGACAGCCAACAGACCGAUGAGGCUAUAAGCAUGAUGUCUGAAGGUAACACUAGCAGUGAUGACAGAUUAACUAGGAGCUCUCCCAUUUACCAGGGCUGGUAGUUUAUAAGCACAGAGCUGGAUCCCCCUUCUGACAUUCCCACGUCAUUGUAUGAAACUGUUGUGUGCUCUGGAAUUAGGUUUGUGCCCAAUGGCUUAAUGUAAUUUCCUAUAACUUGUGUGUGAGAGAAAGAGGGAGCAUGUGAGACCAAGAUAUGGUUUAUAUUUUCAUUUGCCUUGCAGGAUAUGUGAUAACUGGUAUAAAGGCUUGAUCCUUUUUCAUCAGGAGUGUAUCUCUGCAAAGAUCAAUGUUACUUAGAAUUGAUUUUCAUCCAUUUUGUUUUAAUCUCUCUUGUAACUUCCAUGUGGUAGAAGAGUCUUUUGUUUAAAUAAAUAGACUAUUAAUAUGCUGAGAUUUAAA